AUGCUAGUAUAUGCCAAUUUGGAGAAGGAAAAGUUUCCAUAGAGAGAGGAAGAGAGCGGGAGAGAGAGAGAGAAGUUUCCGAUCAUCUUCGCGUCGUCUACAUUUUACGGCGGAAUCUGUCACUUAGCUGAAGCAAGACGAGAUUAACACGGAACAAUCUCUCUUUUCCCCGAAAAUCAGUGGAAUAGAAGAAUUUCGCGGUGCUCCGGUGGAUUUUUCGAGAUUCUUUUUCUGAAAAAGAGAAAUCGUAGCGGAGAUGAAGCUUUUGGAUCUGUUCAUAACUUCGUCGAUCCCAGUCAUCAAAAUCCUGCUGAUAAGUGCAGUUGGAUUGUAUAUGGCCCUUGAGAGAGUUGAUAUUUUGGGUCAAGAUGCAAGAAAACACUUGAACAACGUGGUCUUCUAUGUGUUUAGUCCUUCACUCAUUGGAAGCAGCCUUGCUGAGACUAUCACAUAUGAAACCCUGGCAAAAAUGUGGUUCAUGCCAGUCAAUAUUCUUCUCACAUUCAUCAUCGGUUCGUUUCUUGGUUGGAUUGUUAUUCUGGUCACGAGGGCUCCGUCCCAUCUUCGUGGCCUCAUUGUUGGCGUCUGUGCUGCUGGGAACUUGGGGAACAUGCCUCUGAUCAUUAUACCGGCGAUUUGCAAGGAAAAGGGAAGCCCGUUCGGGGAUCCAGAGUCUUGCGAGAAAUACGGGCUGGGUUAUGUCUCACUCUCAAUGGCCAUAGGAGCUGUUUACAUAUGGACCUACGUUUACAAUCUUAUGCGAAUGCUAGCAACCCGUGCCAAGGAAACCGGAAUCAGAACCUCCUCCAUAGAAUCCAACUAUGAGAGUUGUACUACUGUGCCAUUGAUUCCUUCCAGAGAGGAAGAUGGGAAGAAGAUCACAAGCUGGGGUAUAUUCAGGAAAAGAUUGUGUUCGUUCGCCGAGAAAAUCAAUCUCCAGACGAUUUUCGCUCCGUCAACUAUUGCAGCGAUUAUUGCACUUGUGGUUGGACUCAUUCCUCCAGUAAGGAAACUAUUAAUCGGCAGCAAUGCUCCUCUCCAUGUGAUCGAAGACUCCGUUUCUCUCGUCGGGUAAAAUUCGCUUCCUGCUCUAACGCUGAUUAUUGGCGGAAACCUUCUACGAGGUCUGAGGAGCUCAGGACUGCAAAAGUCGAUCAUAAUCAGCGUCAUAAUAGCGCGUUACGUCAUGCUUCCAAUCGCCGGUGUUCUGAUAGUGAGAGGAGUUUACCGGUUAGGUUUGGUUGGAUCUGAUCCACUCUACCAGUUUGUCCUUCUGCUCCAAUUCGUCGUCCCUCCUGCCAUGAACCUCAGUACAAUAACUCAGUUGUUCGGAGAAGGAGAGAGCGAAUGUUCGGUGAUUCUCCUAUGGACAUACGCUCUGGCAUCCGUCUCUCUCACGCUCUGGCCGACAUUCUUCAUGUGGCUUGUAGCCUGAAAAGCUCCUCUCCUGUCUCGCGAUUCGGGUAUCAUUUCAUAAUAUCAUUCUUCGGUUAAUUCGAUCAUUCAUAAACACCACAUUGUGUGUUCCAAAAUACUUCUGUUGUAGCACGAUGUUAAAAGGGGGAAUAUAUUCUUCA